GUGCUGGCUGCCGCUGUUGAGGCGGCCGGGAACGGGCGGUGGGGAGCGGGCGGAGCUGGCCCUGCCUCUGCCUGGCCGGCGCCGCAGUCGGCGCGGGCCGCGCCCGCCGCCGUAAACUGCCCUGAGCGCCUGCUCAGGCCGAGGGAGAAGUCGGGGCCUGCACCUGGAGGGAGCCUGCCGCGCUGGCCCCGAGGAGGGGGCGUUGCCAUGGCGACAGCCUCUCCCGCUGCUGACGGGGGGCGGGGGCGGCCCUGGGAAGGAGGGCUGGUCUCCUGGCCCCCUGCUCCUCCCCUUACAAUCCCCUGGACUUGGAUGGGCCCGAGUUGGGGGCAACACCCCGGGCAUUGGGGCUUUCCAGCUCUCACAGAACCUUCAGCAUCCCCAGCGGCCAGUCUUGGCAUCUUCGAAGUAAGGAGAGUUUUAGAUGCUUCUGGAUGUUCAAUGCUAGCACCUUUACAGACUGGAGCAGCUCGAUUUUCUUCAUAUUUACUUUCAAGAGCAAGAAAAGUGCUGGGCUCCCACUUAUUUUCUCCCUGUGGUGUUCCGGAGUUCUGCUCCAUAUCCACCAGAAAGCUGGCGGCCCACAGCUUUGGCGCAUCCAUGGCGGCAAUGAUGUCCUUCCCUCCCCAGAGGUAUCACUACUUUUUAGUGCUGGACUUUGAGGCCACGUGUGACAAGCCGCAGAUUCAUCCUCAGGAAAUCAUCGAGUUCCCCAUCCUGAAGCUAAAUGGCCGGACCAUGGAGAUUGAGUCUACCUUUCACAUGUAUGUCCAGCCCGUAGUCCAUCCACAGCUUACUCCCUUCUGUACAGAGCUCACCGGGAUUAUUCAAGCCAUGGUGGAUGGUCAGCCAAGCCUGCAGCAAGUGCUGGAGCUCCUCCAGGAGGUGCGGCCGGCCCGCCUGCCCCACUGCAGCUUGCCGCUGGAUGCAUCGUGCCUGUCAGGGGUGCAGAGGCUGCGCUGGAGGGUCGAUGAGUGGAUGGCGAAGGAAGGCCUCUUAGAUCCAAACGUCAAGUCAAUUUUUGUCACCUGUGGAGACUGGGACUUAAAAGUCAUGCUCCCGGGCCAGUGCCAGUACUUGGGCUUGCCAGUGGCAGAUUACUUCAAGCAGUGGAUUAAUCUGAAAAAGAGCCCUGAAGAGGGAGUGCUGAAUCCUCCUGGGAGAGCUCAGCCGGGCAUCCAGAGGGGGCCCCUUGAACUGAGUCUGAGAGGAGGAUGGGAAGUAUGCCGUGGAGACAAGUCUGGGCAAGCACGUGGGCAGGGAGAACAAGAAGCAUCGCAGGCUUACAGCUUCGCCAUGGGCUGCUGGCCCAAGAAUGGACUUCUAGACAUGAACAAGGGCCUCAGCCUGCAACACAUAGGCCGGCCCCACAGCGGCAUUGAUGACUGCAAGAACAUUGCCAACAUCAUGAAGACACUCGCAUACCGAGGCUUCAUCUUCAAGCAGACGUCAAAGCCGUUCUGACUGGCCGAGGAUGGGAUGGGGCAGGACAGGGUAGCUGCUUGGCCCAGCCCAAAACCCUCCUCUCCCUCACCAGAGGGGCAAAGGGAGAGUGGCACAGCUCUACGUCCAGAGUGUCCCCCAGCCCGCCCUGUGGGCUUGUGUCCUGGGUAAGGCUUGGCCACUUGGCUCCUCUGGAACAGACACUUUGUGCCCCCUACCCCCUCCCCUCAACCUCAGCCCAGUAUCAGGCCCUCCCAUUGUGGGCCUGGGCUGGGGGACCUCCUCCUCACUGUCUCCUCCCAGUACAGGCUUCUUGCUGGGGCCACCAAGCCCCCCUGUGCCCCCUCCCAUCUGUAGUGCAUGGUGUGUGGUGCCCCCAGGGCUCCAGGACAGAUCAGGCCCCACCUUGUGUCUACCCCCAUCCCCGCUGUGAACGUGCCACUGAAUAAAGUCGGGGAAACGAG